CGUAUUUGUAUAUGUACUUAUUAUGGUAUUUGAAAAAUUGAAAAAUCAGGAUUUCAACGAUAUGAUUUUUUUGAAAAAGUUUCCUAUAUUCUCUCUACUUCUUGAUUCUUUUGUAGAGAGACCGCAGGAUUUAUACCCAACAAAAUAAAUGUAGUUACAUACAUUUACGACUAAGAAUAAUAAUUUUUCAGGCUAGUGCUGAAAUUAAAGUUGUUCAUUCGAAUAUUUUUUUAAUAAAACCAGAAAAAAGAGACAGCACAAUUUUAAUAAUUUCUCAUUAAUUUAUGUAGAUAAGUACCAAUAUUAUUUCGGACUAUACAACUACAUGGUGGAAAAUUCUGGCAGGUUUAGGAUUCGCUGCCUUAGUAUGUAUAAUUUACAUUGCUAUGAUGAGGUGGACGGCGGGUUUAAUGGUAUGGCUAUCUAUAAUUGGAGUACUUGCAUUUUUAGGAUUAUGUGUUUACAUAACAGUUGAUAAUUACUUGUACUACAGAAACAGUAGCGACUCCCCAUCGAACUUCCUUACGCAGUACAUUUCCACGAAAAACGUAUGGCUGGUCUUGGCUAUAGCCGCCUCUUUCGUAUUGGUUGUAAUUUUACUGAUUUUACUGGUUUUGCGAAGUCGCAUAUGUUUGGCCAUCGUUUUAGUAAAGGAAUCUAGCAAAGCAAUUAGUUCAGUGACGGCAUCUCUAUUCUUUCCCGUCUUUCCUUGGAUUAUUCAGAUUGUAGUGAUUAUUUAUGGUCUCGUUAUCGGAUUGUUCCUUUUAACACUAGGGGACCCUUAUUACCAAGUAAGAAAUAUGGAUCCAAAUUGUGCAUGUACUGGAAAUGGCGUAAAUUAUACUACCGGAUCUGAAUGUGUCCCAACAACAUUUGCUAGCAGUUGUAAUAGUACUGCUUGUUCUAGUGCAAGCUGCUAUUUCGUCAGAAUUGAUUCUCCAUCUUAUAUCAAUGCAUUCCAUGGUAAGUUUUCAUUUCCAAAUUUUUAACGUUGAUAC